UCUAGUCCAUGAUCAAUGGCUGCCGCAACCAUCGUCUUCCUUCCGUGCUGGGGGUCCGGCCACUUCAUGUCCAUGAUUGAGGCCGGCAAGCGGAUGCUUGCCAGCAGCGGCGGCGCCCUCUCUUUGACCGUGCUGGUCAUGCAGGCUCCGUCAGCAGCGAAGGCGUCCGAGGUCGAGGACCACGUACGCCGGGAGGCGGCGUCCGGCCUUGACAUCCGCUUCCUCCGUCUUCCCGCCAUCGAGCCGCCUACCGACUGCAAAGCCCCCGAGGAGUUUAACUUUAGGUACAUCCAACUCCAUGCGCCUCACGUCGCGGAGGCCAUAGCCGGCUUGGCGUCCCCGGUGGCCGCGAUCGUCGUCGACCUUUUCUGCACGCCCCUGCUCGACGUGGCCCGCAAGCUCGCCGUGCCGCGCUACGUGUACUUCGCCUCCACCGGCGCGUUCCUCGCGCUCAUGCUGUGUCUCCCGACUCUCCGUGAGCAACUCACCGUCAGUUUCAGGGAGAUGGAAGGCACGGUGCACGUUCCCGGGCUGCCGCCGGUGCCGUCGUCUUACAUGCCGGCGUGCUUGGCCAGCAAGAAGACUAACAACAUCCAGUGCUUCGAGUACUACGGGCGCCGCUUCAUGGACGCGAGCGGCAUCAUCGUGAACUCUUCCGUCGAGCUCGAGCGCGGGGUUCUCACCGCGAUCGCAGACGGCCGCUGCGUGCUGGGCCGCCCCGCUCCGGUAGUCCAUGCCAUCGGCCCGGUGAUCUGGUUCGGCGCGCGUGAGGAGCCGCACGAAUGCGUCCAGUGGCUCCACUCGCAGCCGUCAGCUUCAGUGGUGUUCCUCUGUUUCGGAAGCAUCGGAUUCCUCGACAGGGCUCAGGUCGAGGAGAUCGCCGCUGGCCUAGAGCGCAGCGGCCAUCGCUUCCUUUGGGUGCUGCGGGGCCCACCGGCCGCCGGGUCGAGCUACCCGACGGACGCCGACCUGGACGCGACGCUCCCCUCGGGGUUCCUGAAGAGGACCGAGGGGCGCGGGCUCGUGUGGCCAUCGUGGUCGCCGCAAAAGGAGGUCCUGGCCCACCCCGCCGUCGGCGGCUUCGUCACCCACUGCGGCUGGAACUCGGUCCUCGAGAGCUUGUGGUUCGGCGUGCCGAUGGUGCCGUGGCCGCUGUACGGCGAGCAGCACCUGAACGCGUUCGAGCUCAUCGCGGACAUGGGUGUCGCCGUCCAGCUGAAGAAGAUGGACAGGAGCAAGGAGGACUUCUUCGUCGAAGCGGCCGAGUUGGAGCAGGCGGUGCGGGGCCUGAUGGGCGAAACGGCGAAGGGGAGCAAGGCGAGGGAGAAGGCCCUGGAGAUGAAGGCCACGUGCCGGAAGGCCGUGGCCGAGGGCGGAUCGUCGUACGCCGCGCUCCGGAAGCUCGUGCUCGAGAUCUCACCCGGCGGAGAGGGGCCGUCGCCGUGAUGGCCGGGGGAUGUUCGCCGUGUUCUGGUCGGACAUGGCAUGUUGUCACGAGUAAUGGUUUCUCUGGUAUUUAAUGACUGCGAAACGUUGUGAAUGAUUCGAAAUAUCUAGCGCUUUGUUCUGUAGCGCCUAGCUACCUGUCCGUGCUGCUCUGUAUUUAAUUUUGUCGACGUUUCGUGAACUGUCCAUCUUACAAAUUCCUAAAUAUAGAAUGAG